AUGGAAAUAAGUGAUGAGUUGUUUGCUGAAACUAUGAAAAGAUACACUGUGGCACAAUUCAAGUCUAAGUUCAAUAGACUACGCAAAAAACACCAUGAAUUUUCUGAUUUGAUUGAGCAUACCGGAUUUGGAUGGGACCCUAUUGCAAACACGGUUACUGCAUCAGAGGAAGUAUGGGCUACUUAUAUUAAGAGAGUACCGGGAGUGAAGCCCUAUCGUAAGAAAGGCUUGGAACAUUAUGAAACUCUAGGGGAAAUAUUCAAUACUACUACUGCAACGGGUCAACUACAUUAUGCCUCUAGCCAGCUCCCUCCUAAUUCAGAUGAUGAGCGUGAGUUAGAGAAUAACUUUCUUAACAAUGGAGUUCACAUCAAUCUUGAUGAGGAUUUCGAUGUUAAUAAUACUCAAAAUGAGAUCAGAGGGAAAAGAAAAGCUAUGACAGAGGCUCCACCUUCAGAGCGUCGAACAAAAAAAAGGGACAAAAUGGAAGCCUACUUAGAAAUUUGUGGUGAAGUGAUGAAAGAAAAGCUACAACAAAGAAAAGAAAAAAAUGAUGAAGAGAAUAAGGAGAAGUACUCCAUUGAAGAGUGUGUGCAAAUUGUGGAAACAUUGGGAGACAUUGAUCAUGCCACAUUUAUUAAAAUGAUGGAUAAGCUUAUAGUUGUUGAAUGGAGGAGGCUUUUCCUUACCAUGUCAAAUGAAAGAAGGAGAGCUUGGCUAGCUAAUCUCUUGCUUGUUGCUUGUAAUAAGAUGAUUAUAGACAUGGAAGAUGGUGACUCAAAUAGUUCUUCAGAACUAGAUGAAAUGGCACAACAUAUGAUAAUAUGUAUGAACAUCUAUGAUUAUUGGUCUUCAUACAUAGACAAGGUUCCUUGCCAUACAUCGAUAUUAACUGGAGCUGAAUAUGUGCAAGAGUUGCUGAAUGGACAUCCAGAUAGAAUUUAUAACUCAUUGCGCAUGGAUAAACAUAAAUGUAUUGGGGCAAUUGAUGGAACACAUGUCGCUGCAUGGGCCCCGGCUCAGAAACAAACUUCAUAUCGUGGGACUGCGAAUGAUUCUAGGGUCUUUGCAGAUGCAGUGACCAGGCCAGAGAAUAAUUUUCAAUUUCCAAAUGAAGGAUAUUAUUAUGUGGUGGAUGCUGGAUAUACAAACAUGCCAGGAUUCUUAGCUCCUUAUCGAGGUGAGAGGUAUCAUUUGCGUGAUUACAGAGGACCUCGUUGUACACCAAGAGGCCCUAGGGAGUUGUUCAAUUACAGACAUUCUUCAUUGCGAAAUGUGAUUGAGUGA